CGAACGCUUGAAAGAAUGGCACAAACAACCGCAAGAGCGAUGUGCCCUUUACUGCGAAGUAACGCCCUCCCCCCGCGCCGGAAGUGUCCUUGUUGUUCCUCGCUGGGAGCUCACACAGGCGAAUCAGAAAAUCAAUUAAGUUAUGAAAAAUAACAUUAAUUGCCUUUCUUCGUCGCCGCGGCUCGCGAAGAAAUGGCGGACGUGCGUGAGUGGCGGGCUCGCGGAGCCACAUGUCUCCUCUAAAAGGGUGCGCUGCGGCGAGGACUACUUUCUGCGCUUAGACUUCUCUAAAAAUCACUGUCAGAUGCACAACGGGCCGAUGGUUGCGGCAGUCCGUGGGGAGACGUCGUCAGUAAAUGAGAGGCUGACUGGAAGAUGCCAAGGAAAAAACAACAGCAUCCACAGCCAGUCAAGUUGGAUUCAAAAGCUGUUGUAGUUGCCGCGAGUGCAGGAAACCUCGCCUUCGAUACAGACUUCCUCCUGGACCACGACCUUCAAUUUGCUGAUCCUUAUCAUACCGGCAAGAUUCUUGGCCUGGAAAAAUUCUCAGAGGUAGCCGCUGAGAUCGGUUUCUCCGUGUAUCCUCCGUGUGAUGAGGAUAGCUCCGACUGCAGCAGCAGCAGCAGCAGCAGCAUGGAUAGCGAGACGGAAACCUCCCACGGCAGCACCCCCGACCACGGGCGGGAGGACGAUGGCAGGGCGGGCCGCUCGGAGGCCCCCUUCCCGCCCUACCUGUCGUGCCGGGGCUGCGGCCAGCUGCGCGACGACCACUCGGUGGACCUGGCGGCGGCUCCUUACUGCCUGCGCUGCUGCAAGGCGUCGCGGGAGCACAAGAGCGGCGACUUUGCCUUCGGGAUGCAGGCGCACUCGCCGCUGGACAACGUGGCCGACGGCGAGGACAAGAACAAGCUGCACUCGUGCCACCUGUGCGGCUUCUCGUCGCGCUACGCCAACCACGUCAAGCGGCACAUGAAGACGCACAACGGCGAGAAGCCCUUCAACUGCCCCGUGUGCGCCUACGCCUCGGCGCAGCUGGUCAACCUGCAGCGCCACCUGCGCAUCCACACCGGCGAGAAGCCCUACAAGUGCGAGAGCUGCGCCUUCGCCUGCAGCUCCCUGGGCAACCUCAAGCGGCAUCAGCGCAUGCACAUGCCCGUGGGCGCCGGGCCCGAGCCGCUGCAGCAGCCCGCCGCCGGGCACGCCGGCCUCAAGAGAGGCGGCCGCAGGGCCAGCGAAGACGACGACGAAGCUGCCAAGGAGGUGGCGGCGGCCUCGGCCCACCUGACUCUGGCGGCUCAGAACGCCGACUACCUCUCGGCCUUUGAGAGUCUGAAAGGGGCGUCGCCGCAGUCCGCGCCGGCCCCCGGCGCCGCCCCCUGCCACCCGCCGAGCAACGGCCCGGGCGCCGGGGCGAGCCGGACGCCGCCGUCCUCGUCGCUGUUCCCCUUCACGUGCCGCCUGUGCGGCGCGGUGCUGGAGGACGAGGACGGCUCGUCGGCGCAGAUCUGCGCCAAGUGCACGCUGGAGAUGCUGACCAAGGACUCGUCGUCGUCGCCCGGCAGCCCCGGCGAGCGCGGCGACAAGGUGUACACGUGCGCCGCCUGCCCCUUCCUCACGCAUUACCCCAACCACCUGGCGCGCCACAUGAAGACGCACAGCGGCGAGAAGCCCUACAAGUGCCCGCAGUGCGACUACGCCUCGGCGCACUUCGACAACCUCAAGCGGCACCACCGCGUGCACACGGGCGAGAAGCCCUACAAGUGCCACCUGUGCGACUACGCCUGCGGCAACCUGGCCAACCUCAAGCGGCACCAGCGCGUGCACUCCGGCGCCAAGCCCUUCGCGUGCGCCGUCUGCAACUACAGCUGCAACCAGAGCAUGAACCUCAAGCGCCACAUGCUGCGGCACACGGGCGAGAAGCCCUACAAGUGCCAGGAGUGCGGCUACACCACCGGCCACUGGGACAACUAUAAGAGGCACCAGAAGAAGCACGGACACGCCACCGACGGCUGGGUCAAGAUGCCGCCCGCCGCCCUCGGGAGGAACCAGGACGACAAGGGCGGGGCCCGGGGCGGCCACCGGAAAGAGGCGGCCGCCGCCGCCGCCGCUGCGCCGGAAGUGGCCUACAUGGCCAGGGAGGGCGCUCAGACUAUGCAGCACCCCAACUGGAAAUUGGAAAUGGUCUAAAGACGGCGUUUUGGUCAACUCUAUGAUGCCUGCCCUUUGCCUUCUGUCGUCGUGUGUCACCCUUCUGCCCCCGACUCCUUCAAUGCCAGCCUGCCAGAGGACAAGGAUGGUCACAGUUGUGCCGCUACAGGUUGGGUCAACUUUGUGCUCCCAAAUGGAAGUUUCGUCCAAAAGGCAAAUGCAUCUGCUCAAAGAUGUUUGCAUAAUUGAGCAGAUUUACACUUUUUUUUCUGGAGACCAAGGAGUCUCUUACCGUAAAACAAAAAGGUGUAAAGUACCCAUUUUUUCGUCUGCUAAAAAAAAAGGAAACGCCAGGUCAGUUUCACAUGAGGGGCACAAAUGGAAAUUUUUUUCCCCCACAGGCCACACUUUUUUCAAAGUCUGCCACUACCUAAAGCCAGAAAAUGGAGUGCUUCACAGCAUUGAAUCUAAAUUAGUGCUUCGAUGAAUAAGGAAGACAAACGCCAGCCAGCCCCCCGCCCCUUUUCCAGUAUUGGGGAAUUCUUUACCCAUCUCAGUUUUCAUACUAACCCAAAAGCCGUAAAAUUAAGUCUAGCCCCUAUUCUGCAUCAGUGCCGUGGAUAAGGAAAAAAAAGUGAUGCCUUUUGGGGCGGGGGGGGGGGGGGGGGGGCUUCUGUGGAAUCUCCACACACAAGACUGACCUUGACGCGACGGCUUAAAAAGCGCAAAAGUGGCGUGAGCAGGAGCGAACGGCGUCAAAACAAAAAUGGCAUCUUUUCCAAGCAAUUUGGAUGGGCACUGGUGAAGGUGCGUGCCUUGAAAGUGACAAACUCCCAAGCCAAGUGCUUCUUAUAUCGUCGAUGGCUCUAAAAUGAACUACGAGCCUUCCCAAAUGUGAAGGACGGCUCGUGUCGAGUUUUUUUUUCCUAUUUUGGUCAUCGGUGUGUAGCUCUUACGUGUAUUUGUGCGCGUGUUGUGCGUUUAUUUUCUCACUGUGAAAAUAGCCGUGGUUUACUGGAAAACAAAAAGAUGGCAUUAUUAGAACGUC